GGGGAAUCAUCGGUGGGUACAUACUUGAUGCUUUGACGCUGUUUUUCUUUCACCAGUCAUUGCCUGUCUAUUCUUUGCCAGAGAAAUUUCAACUGCCUAAAUCUAUACAGUUUGAACUCCAAUUCUCUGUUACCUUCCCUGCAUUUAACGUACCGGGUUCGAAUUUUAUGAAUGGAACAACAAGCAAUAGUCUCGAGGAAACCUCUCGAAAGGAAUUCGACGAUAACUCAACUUGAAUUAGUUGAAACUCAAUAUAAUUACCGUUACGGGGUGAUAAUAUGUCACCUUCACAGAAGACCUGGAUCUUGUACAUCAAUACACUGUUCUUCUGCUUUCAUUUGUGGAUUACUUUCAGCAUCAACAAGGGACUAUUUGGAGGUCAGCAUUUCUUCACAAAAUCAUGUCUAAUCAUAUUUUGAAUCUUCUUUCUAACCGGAAAACGAGGUAAGCUAGACUAGAUUGUUUAUAGUUGAUCAGCUCAAAUCAAGAAAGCCAAUAGGUCAUUCCCGAUGCUGGGAAUUAAACUUGUAACCUUCUAGUUACUAAGUUGGAGUUGCCUAGCCCCAAAUCUUCUUGUGGCCCUAGUUGGCAAAGGGGCUAAUAAACCGUUCCCGCUGGGAACCGAACUUGUAACCUUACUAAGUCAACAAGUCUGACCCACUUAGUUGGGUUGCCCCGGAAUUAUGAAUCUUCUUUUUAUUAUUUCUUCAAGAACUGAUGUUGUUCAUUCAUGAUAUCUUUGAUUUACGAGAAAGUCUGUACCCGCGAAUACGAGUGUGUGUGUCCUUGUAGGUCUUAUUGCAUAGUGAUGGAGAAACAUAAACAGAUUCAUUCAGAAAGCAGCAACUCUCCAGAUGAAGUACUUCCAGUACUCAUCCAUUCCACAAGUACAAAUGGAGUGGAAAGUUUUGAUAGUGUAAAAGAAGAAGAAGAAGAUGAUGAUCUGAAGCGCCAGGACAGCUCAACCAGCUUCAAUUUUCCAAACCAUUCAUCACAAGUUUCUGGAGCAUAUAUAGAUGAAAGUCCAAAUAUCUUCAAUACAGAGAAGAAGAACAUAACUGAGAAUCUGAUUCCCAGUCCAGAAAGUGCAAGGAAAAAUCAAUCAGAACAUUGUAGAUUUUAUUCUGUGCCAAGUCCAGAGGAUUCACCUGCAUUUUCUGCACCUGUGGUAACUGCCAAUCAUGAGGAUUCACCUGCAAUUUCUGCCCCUGUGGUAACUGGCAUUAAUCCGGUGGUUUCGGGGACAUCCAGGACAGGGAAAACGAUGGAUAGAAGGUUUAAUACUUUCAAAACAUGGUCUGGGAGGCUAGAAAGACAAUUCACAAAUUUUAGCAGAAGGGGACGCGAAACAAUUCAAGACUGGGAUGUUCAGAGUAGCCCCGAAAUGGAGAUUAUAACAGUGGACCGAUACUAUGAUGCAUUGGAAGGCCCGGAAUUGGACACCUUAAGGGCUUCGGAGGAAAGUGCUCUUCCGAAGGAUAUGAAGUGGCCGUUUCUCCUUCGUUUCCCAAUCUCGUCGUUUGGUAUCUGCUUAGGAGUUAGCAGCCAAGCAAUUAUGUGGAAGGCCCUUGCCACUGCUAGUUCCACUCAGUUUCUGCACAUAAACUUGGACGUAAACCUCGUCUUAUGGUGCAUAUCUGUUGCUCUUGUGGCCAUUGUUGCGUUUAUAUAUGCUCUGAAAGUUGUUUUCUACUUUGAAGCAGUUCGUCGUGAGUACUACCAUCCGGUGAGGGUAAACUUCUUCUUUGCACCAUGGAUAACCUUACUAUUCUUGGCUCUUGGAGUGCCACCACCAAUCACUGAGAGCCUGCAUAAGUCUCUGUGGUAUGUCCUCAUGGCCCCGAUUUUUUGCUUAGAGGUUAAGUUGUAUGGGCAGUGGAUGUCGGGAGGGGGGCGAAGGCUGUCGAAAGUGGCGAAUCCCUCGAACCAUUUGUCGAUUGUUGGAAAUUUUGUUGGGGCAUUGCUUGGGGCAACAAUGGGGUUGAAAGAAGGCCCUAUUUUCUUCUUUGCUGUUGGGUUGGCUCAUUAUGCUGUCCUGUUUGUGACUCUCUAUCAGAGACUUCCAACGAAUGAUACGCUUCCUAAGGAACUUCACCCGGUUUUCUUCCUGUUUGUUGCUGCUCCUAGUGUGGCUUCCUUGGCUUGGGCUAAGAUUCAAGGGAGCUUUGAUUCUGGUUCAAAGAUUGCUUACUUCAUUGCCUUGUUCCUUUAUGUCUCACUGGCGGUUCGGAUAAACUUUUUUCGCGGUUUCAAGUUCUCAUUGGCAUGGUGGGCUUACACCUUUCCCAUGACUGGAGCUGGCAUGGCCACAAUCAAAUACUCAUCUGUAGUAACAAACACAGUGUCAAAGUGUGUUGCUGUCAUAUUCUGUGGCAUUUCCACACUCACAGUCACAGCAUUGCUUGUGACAACCAUCAUUCAUGCAUUUGUUCUCAGAGAUCUUUUCCCCAAUGACAAUGCCAUUGCAAUCAGUGAUAGAAGCCAAACACAACUCAAAAGGCAUCACAGAAAGAAUGGCAACUCUGGUCAAAAAGAUACCUACCUUAGAGUUGUAGAUGAUUCUGCAGAUAUCAAAGAUAUUGAGGCUGCCCUUUCUCCCCCAAUCCCCACAGGGACAAGCAACCUGCGGAAUGAAUGUCGUUGAGUCCUAAACUCGGCUGAGGUUUUUGCCAAAGUCCCGAGGGAGGGGCUUUCUGCAUCCUGGUGAUCUUGAUGUAAAAUUGAAACCGAGGGUUCUUCUUGUUGUUUUUGCAUACUGCAUUGGUAUCUGCAUCUUACAAGAUAGGACUAAUACAGUCGAGUUUCUAUCAGAAAGGGCUCACUAUUAGCAGCAGAUGUAAAAUAGAAACCAAGGGUUCUUCUUGUUUUUGCAUACUGCAUUGGUAUCUGCAUCUUACAAGAUGAGACUAAUGCAGUCGAGUCUCAAUCAAAAAGGGCUCACUAUUAGCAGCAGCCCUCCAUGACCUUAAAUUUUGUGUAUAUGUCUUGGAAAAGAAACACAUUGUGAUUGAGCUAAUGGGUUGUCUAUUACUUGGCUACCAUGGGGACAUCAUUGAUCAAUACCUUAAAGUUUCAUAUGAUUCUACCGUUGUCAAAGAUAUUGAGGCUGUUGUUUCUCCACCACCACAGGGACAAGCAACCUGUAGAAUGAAGUUCAUUGAGUCCCAAAGUCAGAUGAAGUUUUUGCCUUUAUGUAAAAUAGAAAUCCAGUGAUCUUGAUGUAAAAUAGAAAUCGAUGGUUAUUGUAAUUUUUUUACACACUACACGGAUAUCAAUCAGCAUUUCGCAGGA